CUUGAAACACAUUCUAGUACACCAAAGCCCCAAUGGCCACCAAACAACGGAAGUGGGGCAUUGGGGAGGAUAAAAAAUCGACUAUACUUUACCAUUUUUAAAGUUCACAACACAAGCAAAGAUGGCUGGGCAAUUGCUAUAAACAGACCAUUGAAACGAUCAGGGUUGCAGAACAUGCCUAUUCAGGGCAAUCCAUAGAAGACGCGAGUUCAUACACUCCGAUAGCCCCAUCUCGGUUGCACAGCAUGCGUUCAACCGGGAUUUUAACGUUGGUAUACCGCUUUUACUCGAUACCGUUGCUGACAAAUUACAGUCAUCGAUCCUUGACAUGCUUCUCGAACUUCUUUCUACCAACCACAGAAUUUUCGUUGUAACAUGCCACAAGACUAUACAAAAAACGUCAUGCACUCCAAACUUCGAUUACUCAUCCUGCCAUCUGAUUAAUAGCAGAAGAAAACAAAAGAAAACGAAAGAAAACAAGUUCCACAUUCAUUCACAACCAAGGCUGCGGAUCGUUAAUUUUUUUUUUUUGUUGGCGUUGUAUGUUUUUUCGUUUUAUGAUCAUUUAUGAUCUCUCAUCACUUGGUUUCCUGCUUCGGCAAACAACAACAAAAUUAAAUAAAAAUAAAAAGAAAACGCUUGCAGUAAGAUGUCAUGCAAAAAAAAAGCAUAGAAUUUGAUCUCCAAUAAUUGAAGCUUUUUAUUACAAUAUGGGACAAGCUAAUCCAUCAAAAAAUUGACGUGCAUUAACGAUGCAUGUAUUACUUGCAUGAGUGAAGUUUUGCUGGUGGAAACCAUGCGAAACGGAAAGCCAUGUCCAGCCUGCGUUCGCGGAGUUUAAAACAUGA